AGCACUAAGCGAAGCUACACUGUCCUUUUUUAAAAACGUUUUUAAGGUUUUAUUUAAGCAAGGGCCCUCGCAAUUAGCAUAUUCGCCAUGGAAAUUCACGCUUUGCGCAAUGCAAACAACCCUGUUUUUAUCGGUGGCAAAGGCGGCCCUGUAAACGGCGCAGCGAGGAGGGCCGUGUUUGGCGAACUGUCCAACUUUAACGUUACCCACAAACCAGUUCAGACUAAGAAGGUUCAACCCGUGCUGCCUGUAAAACCAAUUGCUGUUGUGCAACCCAAACGUGCCCAGGUACAGCACGAGAUCCCCCAGCCUGCCCCUGCGUUGCCCCCUGCUCAAGCUGAUGUGAGCAUGAAGGAAGAGGAACUCUGUCAAGCCUUUUCCAACACACUCUUUCCAGUCGAAGACAUCGAUGAAGGGGACGCUGACAUGCCACAGCUGUGUCCUGAAUAUGUGAAGGACAUCUAUGCGUAUCUGCGAAGCCUUGAGAGUCAGCAGUCUGUUCGUCCUCUCUACAUGCGUGGCUAUGAUAUCAAUGCGCGGAUGCGCGCGCUCCUGGUUGACUGGCUGAUUCAGGUGCACUCCAGAUUUCAGCUCCUGCAGGAAACCUUGUACAUGACCGUAGCCAUCCUUGAUCGCUUUCUCCAGGUACGAGUUGCCCAAAAGUUAUUACAAAAGGAUGCUGAGAAGCAUACACUGGCAAAAUAUUUCCUUGAACUGACACUACUUGACUAUGACAUGGUCCACUUUAACCCUUCUGAGACUGCAGCUGCUGCUCUGUUCCUCUCUCAGCUUGUGCUUGAUGGCCAAAAAUGGUCGCCAACCCAGCAACACUACUCUACCUAUGAUGAGGCCCACCUGAAGCCUAUCAUGCAGCAUAUUGCCAAAAAUGUGGUUAUGGUCAAUGAAGGGCUCACAAAGCAUGUGACGGUGAGAAAGAAAUACUCCAGCAGUAGGCUCAUGAAGAUCAGCCUUCUUCCCCAGUUGAAGUCGUCAUUUGUGAAGGAUCUGGCUGCUCCUCUGCUGUCCAGAUCUUGAGAAUUUUUAUGUUGGAAUGGACACUAAAACCUGCACUUUAUUUAGUUUCAGCCAUUUUGGGAGAUGGGCUGCUGCUUUUUAAACUAAUGUACAUAUUCUUGGAUAGUCUGUAUAAAUAAACAUUUGUUUCUACUUUUUAUAAAGAUUAAAUUUUUUAACUGAGGGUUUAAA